AGGGAAGGCAUUUUUCCUCAACGGGGACUGCUGGAGCUCCAUUGAGGUCUGAGUUGAAUCCUGCUCAUACUUGGGAGGGGAGUGGUGAUCAGACACUGUGGUUUGCUGAACCUUGUGACGACUGACUAUUCUACAGGCUAACUGUCUAAGAUUCCAACAAUGUCUCACCCAUCUUGGCUGCCACCCAAAAGCACUGGUGAACCCCUUGGCCAUGUACCUGCACGGAUGGAGACCACCCAUUCCUUUGGGACCCCUAGCAUUUCAGUGUCUACACAACAACCACCCAAGAAGUUUGCACCAGUAGUUGCUCCAAAACCUAAGUACAACCCAUACAAACAGCCUGGAGGUGAAGGUGAUUUUCUGCCACCCCCACCUCCACCUCUAGAUGAACCCUGUGUUAUUCCACCAGGCUCUGGAAACUUCCCUCCUCCACCACCCCUUGAUGAAGGUGUUUUCAGGACACCUUCAGGACAGGGAAAUCCUGGAGGCAAGACCCUUGAGGAGAGACGCUCCAGCCUGGAUGCAGAAAUUGACUCAUUGACUAGCAUCUUGGCUGAUCUUGAAUGCAGCUCCCCUUAUAAGCCUCGCCCUCCACAGGGCUCUACUAGUUCAACAGCUUCUCCUCCAGUAUCCACUCCUGUCACAGGACACAAACGAAUGGUCAUACCAAAUCAACCUCCUCUAACAGCUACCAAAAAAUCUACAUUGAAGCCACAGCCUGCACCCCAGGCUGGACCCAUCCCUGUGACUCCAAUUGGAACACUAAAACCUCAGCCUCAGCCAGUUCCAGCCUCCUACACUACAGCAUCCACUCCUUCAAGACCUACUUUUAAUGUGCAAGUGAAGUCAGCCCAGCCCAGCUCUCAUUACAUGGCUGCCCCUUCAUCAGGGCAGUUUUAUGGCCCAGGGCCCCAGGGCUAUAACACUCAACCAUAUUCUAUGUCUGGACAGUGUCCGCCUCCUUCAGCACGAGGUGGCAUGGAUUACACAUAUAUUCCACAACCAGGAAUUCAACCUGAGCCUGGGUAUGGUUAUGCCCCCAACCAAGGACGAUAUUAUGAACCUUACUGCCCAACAGGGCCCAGCUAUGGGGGCAAGAGUGAUCCUGACCCAGCCUAUAUUCAGCCAAAUCACCCAAAUACCUGGAAGCGGGAACAAGGAUACACUCCUUCUGGAAUAGGGAACCAGAAUCCUGCCGGCAUGUAUCCAGUUGGUGGUCCCAAGAAGACUUAUAUUACAGAUCCUGUUCCAACUCCCUGUGCACCGCCACCACAGUCAAAGGGUGGACAAACAGGAUCAAUGGGGCCUCCAGCUGUCACCCCCUCUUUCCGCCCUGAAGAUGAACUUGAACAUCUGACCAAAAAGAUGUUGUAUGACAUGGAAAAUCCACCUACUGAUGAAUAUUUUGGCCGCUGUGCUCGCUGUGGGGAAAAUGUAGUUGGGGAAGGCACAGGAUGUACUGCCAUGGAUCAGGUCUUCCACGUGGAAUGUUUUACCUGCAUCAUCUGUAGCAACAAGCUCCGAGGGCAGCCCUUCUAUGCUGUGGAGAAGAAAGCCUACUGCGAGCCCUGCUACAUCAAUACCCUGGAGCAAUGCAGCGUGUGCACCAAGCCCAUCAUGGAGCGAAUUCUCCGAGCUACCGGGAAGGCCUAUCAUCCUCACUGCUUUACUUGUGUGAUGUGCCACCGUAGCCUGGAUGGGAUCCCAUUCACUGUGGAUGCCGGUGGCCUCAUCCACUGCAUUGAGGACUUCCACAAGAAAUUUGCCCCUCGAUGUUCUGUGUGCAAGGAUCCUAUCAUGCCAGCUCCUGGCCAGGAGGAGACUGUCCGGAUUGUGGCUCUGGAUCGCGAUUUCCACGUUCACUGCUACCGGUGUGAGGAUUGUGGCGGUCUCCUGUCUGAGGGAGAUAACCAAGGCUGCUACCCGUUGGAUGGACACAUCCUCUGCAAGACCUGCAACUCAACCCGCAUCAGGGUGCUGACCGCCAAGGCUUGCACUGACCUUUAAAUCCAGUCAUCUGUUUAGCUAGCUAGUUGGUGGUGCUGAAGAACAUAAAAGAUAAGAAAAGAAAUAGGAAAAUAGAGGCAAGGCAGUGCAAUCAUAAACAUAGGAUGU